AUGUUUGGAGGAAGGGAUAGGGACUCCACGUUUGGGGACUGCUGGUGGCUGGACAUGAGUGAGGUUGAUCGCCUGCCCUUGCCUUCUCCGCGUGGAGGUGAGAUGCAACAAGGAACAAGUCCAGUGGACAGGUCAAGUCCCCUCCCGGCACCAGCAGCACGCAUCAGCACACCAACCACGCCCCAGCCGAUCGCCAGAGCACCACUUGAGACGUCCGGGAGCUACCCAGGGAUACAAGCUGGCCUUUCCACUGCAGCCUCCAAUUCUGCGCCCACCUCUGCCAAUAAUCUUGCGGCACUUCACAGUUCAUUGGAUGAGGAUGCAGUUGCUGCAAUGAUGGUGGCCAACACGGCCGCAGAGCUGGAGCGGCUGCGUGCCAGCUUUGGCAUGGAACGUGUGGAGCGGCGCCCCAUGCUGCGGAGCGAGCCUUCACAAGCCACCCCACCAGCCGCCAUGGUGGACGCCUCCCUUGCUGACUACGGGCGUCGGUCGCAACCCCAAGCCUCAAGCGGGCAGAACCCCACAGCAGUGGCCCUGGGAAGGCAGUGUCUUGCGCACUGUCCUGCUGGGCAGUUGAGGCUGGGUGAUGUGUGGUUGCUGCUGGCAGACUACAAGCGGCUGGUGGGGCAGAUGGAUAUCCUGCAGGCUUGGCGGGAGCCACGGGGUGGAGGCACAACCCCAGGCCGGUUUUCUCAGUUGGGGGCUGAGGGCGUGCGGCUGGGAGACUUGGAGGCCAUUUUGGCAGAGUACCAGAAAUUGGUCAAGGUGCCCUGA